AUGCGGACGCCGCCCGCAAGCUUCCGCGUCGGCGGCCACGACAUGCACGGGAUUCCGACCGAGAAGGCGCCGUCGGCCAGCUUUGUGCAAGACGAGUUUCUCAAGGUCGGCAUGACGCUGGUCAACUACGCGGCGCUGCAGCACCCGCCCUCAAACGCUGCCGUCGAGGGCACGGAGCGCCACUACUACGAGCAAGUCAAGGCGCUGACGCUGCUGCAGUGCAUCUUUUCGACGGAUUUCCUCUGCCUCUUCCUCGUCUCGACCGCUGUCUUUAUGCCGGCGAGCGUCUUUUUCGAGGUCUCAACCACGGACGCGCACGGCGACUUUAAGUCCAUGUCCUGGUUUGGCGUCGCCAAACGGGACAUUGACGAUGUGAUCUCGGUCGGUCUUCUCAGCAGCUCGGUCGGGCGCCUCGUCUGCCCCAUGUUCUCCGACGUCCUCAUCCGCGUCUUCUACGCCAACCCCGCCUUUGCGCGCAAGGUCGUGCUGCUGUUGCUCGUGCUCGUCGACGCGGUCGGGCUCGCGAUUCUCGUUCCGCGUUUGGAAGGCGAUUACGACACGCUUGUCCAGGCCACGUACGUGCUCAAGUUUGUGAGCGGUGGCGGCGCCUCCAUGACCGCCUGCCUCGUCACCGACCUCUACGGCGUCUACAACGUGGGCACAAUGUACGGCCUCGUCUCCCUCUCGUGGGCGGUUGGGCUCGCGAGUGUCGGGCUGACGUUUUCAGGCUCGGGCUCCGAGUUCUUCUCGCAAAUGGGCUCGAUGGUCGUCGUCUCGUUCGUGGCUGCUGCGCUGAUUUGCCUCGUCCGCACCAACUCGUCCGACCGGUUCUUCCACGGAUAUCAGUUUACGCUCUGCCGCAAGCCCAUUCUGCAGAUCCCGUUCGCCUCGCAAGAUCAAAAGCACUUUGCGAGCAGGAACACGCACGACCCGCACGGCUCGACCUUCUUCCACUGGGACUCGGACCACGACAUUGACUUGGACAUCGAGCCCCACGCGUAG